GCCUGGAACUCGAUAAAACACAUGCAAACUUUCGCGGCUGGGUGAUGACGCGGUGCGCCAAGGUUUAUAUGUACUCUGCUGCUGCUGCUGUAAAAAAAAGAUCCAAGCUUUCUGAUUCUCUCUCUCUCUCUCAAAUUACUAGGGUUUAACAGUGAAUUUAGGUUUCGGAUUAUUGAAUGGUAGUGGUUGAUUGUUUGAGUGUUUGUGGGGAGUAACUGAAAUUUUGUGGGCGGAAUCGAAUUGGGGAUUGGGGGUUUGAUUGAGGAGUGGGGUUGAUUUUGGAGGGUGUUAGAUGGCCAGUUCUGCGUUUGAGUUGGAGGAUCAGACGGAUGAGGAUUUCUUUGACAAAUUGAUCGAUGAUGAUGACAUUGAUUUUUCUGGGUAUGCAAAUAGUUCUGUAGGAAAAGUUGAACUUGAUGUGGUUAAAGAUGUUUCGAAAUUGAGUAUUUCGGAUGUAGGUACCGGUGGGAAAACUAGUUCUCAGGUUAAUGGUGAGUUGGGUCAGAAGGAUGGGGUUGUGUUGGAGCCGUCGGAUCUGCAGGAGGAGUCUUUGACUGGUAGAGAGAGUGAGUCUGGUGCAUUGGUGGCCAAAGGGGAGGAAGGUGUGGUGGAUGAUACAGUGAGUUCGAGUGUUGUAUCAGUUGAUGGUGGAUUGGGUCGCGGGGAUGGGGUUAAUGGUCAAUUGGGGCACGGCGAUGGGGCUGUGUUAGCUUCGUUGGAUCGACACCAGGAUCCUAUGGUCGGUGAAGCGAGCAAGUCAUCAGUACCGGAAAAUAGAGAUGAGGCAGUGGAGGAUAAAGCUAGUAAUGAGGGUGGUGAAUUGGAGGGUAAAGGGGAGGACAGUUCUGUAGAUAAUACAGUCGGAAAGAGUGUGGUGUCAGAGGGAACAGGUGUUAAAGUAGUUCAAUGGAGUUCGUUUAACUCAGAUCCUUCUGGUGGUAGUGGAUUUGGGUCAUACUCAAAUUUUUUUAGUGAAGUUGGAGAUAACUCGGAAGACCCAUUUGCGAAUUUGGGUAACACAGACCAAUCUGGGGUCAAAUCUAUUGUGUCUAAUGGUGUUCUGGAAAGCUCAGUUUCUGCUUUCGGUAAUUCUAGCUAUGUGCAGCAUCAAGAAGACCCAUUUGCAAAUUUGGGUAAUACAGUCCAAUUUGGGGCUGAAUCCGUUGUGACUAAUGGUGUUCUGGAAAAUGCUGUUUCUGGUUUUGAUACUUUUAGCUAUGGGCAGCAACAAGAAGACCCAUUUGCAGAUUUGGGUAAUGCAGACCAAUUUGGGGCCGAAUCUGCUGUGAGUAAUGUUGUUCUGGAAAACUCGGGUUCUGGUUUGGGUGCUUCUAUCUAUGGGAAGCAUCAACAAGAUCCAUUUGCGAAUUUGGGUAAUACAGACCAGUCUGGGGCUGAAUCUAAUGUGAGUAAUGGUGUUCUGGAGAACUCAGUUUCUGGUUUGGGUACUUCUAGCUAUGGGCAGCAUCAAGAAGGUCAGUUCUAUGGGGCUCCUGAAAAUCAAAACUUAGACGGGCAAGAAUUAAAUAGUAAUCAGAAUUGGGAAAAUCUUUAUCCCGGAUGGAGGUACGAUCCAAAUACUGAGCAGUGGUAUCCAUUGGAGGGUUAUGAUGUGAAUUCAAACACAAAUGCAGAGGUGAACAAUAAUGCAAAUGCUCAGGAGAGUUUUAAUGUAAAUUCUCAGUCUGCAGAUACUGAAGUUUUUUCAGCCCAGAAAGCAGAUGCUCCUUAUCUGCAACAAGCAGUGCAGGCUGUAUCUCAAAGCGUGGUUGAGGCAUCUGAAACUAGCACAGUUUCUAACUGGAACCAGCAUUCUUAUGGGAACACAGAAUACCCUGCACAUAUGGUUUUUGAUCCCCAGUACCCCGGUUGGUACUAUGACACAAAUAUCCAAGAAUGGAGGCAGUUGGAACCUUCUGUAGCUACAAUCUACUAUGAUCAGCAAAAUACGAGUACGUGGCAUGCUGGGAAUGUUGCCAAGAGUGAAACUAUUGGUUUUACUGAGAAACAGGAACAGAGACAGUUGCAGCCUUUCACUCCAUCUUUUGAUCAGUCAACAGCAAGUAUGGUUCAUAGUCAGCAAUAUAACAAUACAAAUGUUGACAACCAUGGAUCACAGAGUCCAAUCAUUCAACAAAGUGUUUUAAACUGGGAUGGAUCUAUGACCGCCUAUGAUCAGCAAAAUACAAGUUUGUGGCAUGCUCAGAAAGUUGCCAAGAGUGAUACUGUUGGUUUUACUGAGAAACAGCCAUACAUGGACCGGCAAUUUUCAACUGAGCAUGCAUUUAAUUCUGUGAAUCAACAAACAGGGUUCAAUCCUUCAGGAUCAAUUGCUCUUCAUCAAGACCCAAGUCAGGGCAAUGAUAUUAGUAGUGCGAUUGGUGGCUUUGAAAGGUUUAAUUAUGCUAACUUUUCUCAGCCUCAGGAUCAAGCCAAGGAGCCAAACCAAGUGAUGCAUUUCUCACCUGCUAACUUUGGUAGUCAGAAGCAAGUACAAUUUUUCCAGCAGCCACUCCAGACUGGAACUCAGUUUUCACACGAGGCCAGAGAGGGGAGGUCAUCUGCUGGACGACCUGCACAUGCUCUGGUUACUUUUGGAUUUGGUGGGAAACUUAUAGUAAUGAAAAAUAAUAGUUCUUUUCAUGCAAACCAGACAUAUGGAAGCCAGGGCUCUGUAGAAGGUGUCAUUAAUGUUCUCAAUCUGAUGGAUGUUGUCACGGAGAAAAGUGACGCUGCAAACUUUGGAACUGAUGGUUGUGAUUAUUUCAGUGCCUUGUGCCAGCAAUCUUUUCCUGGACCUUUAGUUGGUGGGAAUGUCGGAAAUAAGGAAUUAAACAAAUGGAUUGAUGACAAAAUUGCAAAUUGUGAAACUUCUCACUUGGAUUUCAAGAAAGGGGACCAUUUGAGAUUGCUUUUCUCUUUACUAAAAAUAUCUUGGCAAUUUUAUGGAAAACUUCGAUCUCCCUUUGGUACUGAUCAAAGAUUGAAGGACAUUGAUAAUCCAGAAUCAGCUCUUGCUAAACUUUUUGCAUCUGCUAAAAGAAGUAACGAGUAUGGUGCUCUUACGCGGUGCAUGCAUAACUUGCCUUCUGAAGCACAAAUUCAGGCUACUGCUCUUGAGGUACAAAAGCUUCUUGUCUCUGGUAGGAAGCAUGAGGCUUUACAAUGCGCACAAGAAGGUCAAUUGUGGGGACCAGCACUUGUUAUUGCAUCGCAACUUGGUGAUCAGUUUUAUUGUGAUACUGUGCAGCAUAUGGCUGUAAACCAGUUAAUAGCAGGAUCACCAUUGCGGACGUUGUGCUUGUUAAUCGCCAGGCAGCCAGCAGAUGUGUUUUCCGAUGCUACUACAAAUAGCAGUUUUCCUAGUGUCACAAAUUUAUCACAACGGCACGAACAGGUUGGAGCUAAUUACAUGUUAGAUGACUGGGAAGAGAAUCUAGCCAUCUUAACUGCAAAUAGAACAAAAGAUGAUGAGCUUGUUAUCAUCCAUCUUGGAGAUUCCUUAUGGAAGGAUAGGGGACAGAUAACUGCUGCACACAUAUGUUAUUUAGUUGCAGAAGCCAACCUUGAGCAAUAUUCGAACAGUUCAAGACUGUGUCUUAUCGGUGCUGAUCAUUGGAAGUUUCCACGAACAUACGCCAGUCCAGAGGCUAUUCAGAGGACAGAGCUGUAUGAAUACUCAAAGGUUGUUGGAAAUCCUCAGUUUCUUCUACUACCUUUUCAGCCAUAUAAGCUUAUUUAUGCCCACAUGCUGGCUGAAGUAGGAAAACUUGCUGAUGCUUUGAAAUAUUGUCAAGCAAUUUUGAAGUCUUUGAAAACUGCUCGAGCACCUGAGGUGGACACAUGGAGAGAGUUGGUGUCAUCUCUGGAGGAGCGGAUAAGAGCCCACCAGCAGGGUGGUUAUAGCAUAAAUUUGGCUCCAACCAAGUUGAUGGGUAAAUUGCGUACAUUCAUUGAUAGUACUGCUCAUCGUGUUGUUGGGGGGCUACCUCCACCUAUACCAUCAACAGCACCAGGCUUUCCUCAACUUAAUGAACAUGCUCAUCAACUACCUCCACCUAUACCAUCAACAGCACCAGGCUUCCCUCUGCUUAAUGAACAUGCUCAUCAACUACCUCCACCUAUACCAUCAACAGCACCAGGCUUCCCUCUGCUUAAUGAACAUGCUCAUCAACUACCUCCACCUAUACCAUCAACAGCACCAGGCUUUGCUCAGCUUAAUGAACAUGCUCAUCAACCAGGAAAUCCAUAUGUACCCAACAGUCAAUCGACAAUGGUUAUGUCUUCAUUAAUGCCUUCAGCAUCAAUGGAGCCAAUAAGUGAAAGGACUUCUGAGAGCAACCAACUGAAUAUGCCUAACAGAAGCAUUUCAGAGCCAGACUUUGGGAAAAGCCCGAGUAAGGUCGAUUCAUCCAAGAAAGUGAACUCCUCUAAAACGCAACAAAAGCCAUCAGCAUCUAGUGGGUCACGUUUCAGUUUUGGGUCACAGAUAUUUCAAAAGACUCUAGGACUGGUCAUAAAAUCCCGGCCAGAUAAGCAGGCUAAAUUGGGUGAAGCAAAUAAAUUCUACUAUGAUGAGAAACUCAAGCGAUGGGUCGAAGAAGGUGCUGAACCUCCAGCCGAGGAAGCAGCCUUACCACCACCUCCGCCAACAACUGCAGCUAUCCAGAAUAGAAUGCAAGAUUACAACAUGAAUGAUGCACUGAAAACUACUAGUUUUCAUGCAGUUGGUGGGCCAGAAAUCAAAAGCCCAGCAUCUUCCGAGAAUUCAGGGGCACCACCCGUUCCACCCAGCUCAAACCAGUUCUCUGCACGUGGGCGUAUGGGUGUUCGCUCAAGGUAUGUUGAUACAUUCAACAAAGGCGGUGCGACCCCAGGAAACUUAUUUCAGCCACCAUCUCUUCCAGCUGCUAAACCAGGGGGUGGUUCCAAUCCCAAGUUUUUCAUCCCCUCUCCAGUAACUUCCUAUCAGGAAACAGUUCAAACAACUGAAGGAAGCACACAAGAAUCUUUUGUGACCAGUAACAAUCCUCCAAAAUCAGUAGACAUAUUCUCUACUCCGCCAACCUCAACGCCAUCGUCAAUGACCAUGCAACGGUUUCCUAGCAUGGAUAACAUUGUACAAAAGAGAGCAGGAGAAUUGGCAAAUGGCAGUAGCUUUGUUCCACCUGAAUCUCGUCGUGUGGCAUCAUGGAGUGGAAGUCUUAGUGAAGCAAGCAAUCCUUCAGUAAGGAGUGAAAUAAAACCAACAGCACUUGGUAUGUCCCCAUUGUCAUAUAUGCCUAGUUUUUCUCCAUCAAUGCAGUCUGAAAGAAGCAGUGGUAGUUUGGGGGAUGACCUUCAUGAAGUUGAACUAUAAGGUAUUAGGGACUAGUUCGUAAAUCUAUAGAGCGUUGCAUUCGACGAUGCAAUGGGGGAUGUCACUGAUAGGAUUCAGGUUUUGGUGAAGUCCCCGUAAUCCCAUUAGAGGAGUUUUACAUGUAUACCCAAAAACCAACAGUUAGUUUGAAUGACCAUGUUGCCAUUCAUGUACAGGCCAACAGAUUGCCCCGAGUAAAAAACAGAAGGGGCCCUGAAGGCUGUAAGCAAAGCAAGCAGCUUUUGUACCAACAUCUCCAGGGAAAAUUGCAAAUAUAAGAUGUACCAUUUCUCCCAUUUAAAGACCUCGUUCAGAAUUUUGUCACGGUGAAUUAUUGAAAAUUAGAGAAUAUUCUGUCCCAGGCAAAAGCCUUGGAGUGUU